AUGUAUGCAACCUCUUCCUGGGCAUUAUUAUACUCCGGAAUAUGCGGAUUCGGAAUAUGGGAAGAUGGCUCCAGAAAGUCAAUUUUCUCGCUUUCAAUAUCGUCAUUUGCGAUCUUCAUGAUCAACUAUGUUGUGGCAAUUCUCACAUUUAGAGGUGCCGGAUCGUUCAUUGGUCCGUCUCAGACUACAAUUCUAUUUGUGUUCACCUUCAUUCUCAACCCAUUACUCAUUCUUUUCUGGUUCUGCUCACAGAUGGUGAUCUGCUUUGUGAUGCUAGUUGUUAAUCGGUGGGCAAUUGGCUCUUUACUGUUAACGGCGAUGUUUUUUAUUGCCUCACAAUUCAUGCUAUAUGGAGUCAGCGAACGGAUAUGCGAGGGUCUGAAUCAUUAUGCAGAUGGAUUACUUUUCUGCACUCUUGGAUUCAUGUUUUGCCUCAUGAUGCUUUACAAGUACUGGGAGAUCAUAACAUUUGACGAUGAUGAGUACUACAGAAAUACUCAAGUUGUUCCUGGAAUGGGCUCUGAGAAAGAAACAUCGGAGUAUUGUUAG